AGGCUCCCAGCUGGGGCCUCAUCCGCAGCCAGCCUCUCCUCCCGAGUCCAGUCCGCUCUACCUUGGCCUCUCUUGGUCCCCUCCCUGAGUCCCCAUCCCCAAGCCAAGCCUCUGACCUCCUCCACUGGCCUCUGAUGCCUUCAGGAACCUGGGCCUCCUGCCUCAUUCCUAAACUUUAGCUUCUCAGCAAACAGGCUUCCCAAGCUCUUGCCCCUCCCUCUCGGGCCUUUCUAGCUCCUCACCAGCUUUAGGGCUCAACCAGGCCUCCUGCUCCUUCCACCUACCGCCUCCCACAGACCAGCAGACAACAGGCCUCCUAGGCUGUUCCUCCUGCUCACCCCCCUGCCCUACCCCACCCAUGGAGACCCCAGGACUGGUUGUGCACGGGGAGGUUGCGCCCUUUUCCACAGCACUCCGAAGCCUCGUCAACAACCCCCUAUACAGUGAUGUUCGCUUUGUGGUCGGUCAAGAACGGCAGGAGGUGUUUGCCCACCGGUGCUUGUUGGCAUGUAGAUGCAACUUCUUCCAGCGACUUCUGGGCUCAGAGCCGGGCCCCGGGGUGCCUAGCCCUGUGGUGCUGAGCACCGUGCCAGCUGAGGCCUUCCUGGCAGUGCUGGAGUUUCUGUACACCAACAGUGCCAAGCUGCACCGCCACUCCGUGAGCAUCUCGUUUCCCCCGCCUCUUAUGGGCUCAGUUCAUAUCCUGCCUCACACACCGGCUAGCCUGGAGAGCAACAUGCACCGGUACAGACAGAAGUAUGGGUAUCUUUCCCAGCUGUGCCUGCAGUUUGUGAUGAAGGUGCUGGAUGUGGAGCUGGUUUGCGAGGCCCUGCAGAUUGCCGUAUCCUUUGGCCUGGGACCGCUGCAGGAGCGCUGUGUAGCUUUCAUAGAGGCCCACAGCCAGGAGACCCUCCGGACCCGUGGUUUCCUGGAGCUGUCGGCACCCGCGUUGCUGCUCCUGCUGCGCAGCGACAAGCUCUGCGUGGACGAGGCCGAGCUGGUCGUGGCAGCCCGGAGCUGGGCGCGCGUGGGCGCGGCGGUGCUGGAGCGGCCUGUGGCCGAGGUGGCGGCCCCGGUAGUGCGGGAGCUGAGACUGGCCUUGCUGGCUCCGGCAGAGCUGAGCGCCCUGGAAGAGCAGAACCGGCGGGAGCCGCUCAUCCCGGUGGAACAGAUCGUGGAGGCGUGGAAAUGCCAUGCUCUGCGGAGAGGGGAUGCGGCCCGGGGCGCCCCGUGCCGCCGCCGGAGGGGUACCCUGCCCCGGGAGCAUCAUCGCUUUCUGGACCUGCCCUUUAAGUGACCAAAUGCCGCGACUUGCGAGGAAUUCUGGACCUCUCCUAAACUACAGCUCCCAACAUGCUCCGCGCUCGGAGCGGGUUUCCGCUCCCAGAAUGCCCGGCUAGCGGGGCGCAGGAGGGGCGGCAGUCUGACACGCGGAGGCGCUGUGGGUGAGGUUCCGGGGUAGGGCGGGCCUGAGAGGCGAGUCAGUGGGCUGAGCCUUGGCUUCAAGGCCCUCGCAAAGCCGGGAAGUGGGUUCCUUCGCGCUGUGCUCUGGCGUUACAGCCGGCCCUUGGGCACUCUCGCCCGCCCUGUUUACUCUUUUAAUUCCCACGUAUCUUUUCAGCUCAGCCCCUUCUUUAACUCCAGACCUGCCUCCUGACGAUCUCUCUCUAAAUUUCCCACAGACACCUCAGGCUCAAUCCAAAAUUGAGCUCACCCCUCAUCUUUCUCCAGUUUUGCCCCCAUCGUGUUUCUCAUCUCCGUGGGUGCCCAAGCCAGAAGUCUACCGCUCAUCCUUGCUUUAUUCCUCUUCCUCACAUCUGCCUCCCGUGGCUUCUGCCUUUUAAGAGGCUGAAAGUUAGCAGAAUAUGCCACCCCAAAAUAUGCCUUUUUGGCAUAAGGUUAUUUUAAGCUAAUUAUUUUGAGAAAAGGGAGAAGUUUUGAAAACAGAGAAGUUACCCUUUUGUAAGGGAAAUUUUUAGAAUGGAAAUCUCCAUUUGUGAGGGUGUCUCCCUCUCUGUACCAGGAUGACUAACUCACAGGAGAAUCUUCCAGUGAAGUCAGUGAAAUCUGCUUAAUAAACCUUAUCCUUGCUUUUGGUGCUUUUUCCUGAUGGCCUUCCUAUAACUGGCC